AGGGCCCAAGGACGGAGGCAGCACAGCCGGAGGGAGGACGGCCAGGGAUCACAUCUACUGGCCCUGCUCCUGCCAAUCCUCGGGCACCAGGAAGCCCCCAGAGACCAUGCCCAUCCAGAUCUUCUGUUCCGUGUCUUUCUCCUCUGGGGAGGAGGCCCCAGGGCCCCUGGGAGAAGUUUGGGGUGGCCACCGGCGCCAGCCACAAGGCAACUCGGACUCAGAAGAGGAGGAAGAGAAGGAAAAGACCAGAGAGGAGGGCUUGCCUGUGGACUUGGUGGCUUUUGCCAACAGCUGCUCCCUGCACGGUGCCAGCCAUGUAUUUGUGGGAGGGGGUCCAGGACUGAGGCAGGCCGUAUGGGCAGUGGCUUUCGUCCUGGCACUGGGUGCCUUCCUGUGCCAGGUCGGGGACCGCGUCGCCUAUUACCUCAGCUACCCACACGUGACUCUGCUGGACGAGGUGGCCACCGCGGAGCUGGCUUUCCCCGCGGUCACGCUCUGCAACACCAAUGCCGUGCGGCUGUCCCAGCUCAGCUACCCCGACUUGCUCUACCUGGCCCCUAUGCUGGGGCUGGAUGAAAGUGAUGACCCCGGGGUUCCCCUGGCCCCCCCAGGGCCUGAGGCCUUCUCUGGGGAGCCCUUUAAUCUGCACCGCUUCUACAAUCGCUCCUGCCACCGGCUGGAGGACAUGCUGCUGUACUGCUCCUAUCGCGGGGGGCCCUGUGGCCCUCACAACUUCUCGGUGGUCUUCACGCGCUAUGGAAAGUGUUACACAUUCAACUCAGGCCGAGACGGGCGACCUCGGCUGAAGACCAUGAAGGGCGGGACAGGCAACGGGCUGGAGAUCAUGCUGGACAUCCAGCAGGAUGAGUACCUGCCCGUCUGGGGGGAAACUGAUGAGACAUCAUUUGAAGCCGGUAUCAAGGUACAGAUCCACAGCCAGGAUGAGCCUCCCUUCAUUGACCAGCUUGGCUUUGGCGUGGCCCCAGGGUUCCAGACCUUCGUGGCCUGCCAGGAGCAGCGGCAGCUCAUCUACCUGCCCCCGCCCUGGGGCACCUGCAAAGCUGUUACCAUGGACUCGGAUUUCUUCGACUCCUACAGCAUCACAGCCUGCCGCAUUGACUGUGAGACUCGCUACCUGGUGGAGAACUGUAACUGCCGCAUGGUGCACAUGCCAGGGGAUGCCCCGUACUGCACUCCCGAACAGUACAAGGAGUGUGCAGAUCCUGCGCUGGACUUCCUGGUGGAGAAAGACCAGGAAUACUGCGUGUGUGAAAUGCCCUGCAACCUCACCCGCUAUGGCAAGGAGCUGUCCAUGGUCAAGAUUCCCAGCAAGGCUUCUGCCAAGUACCUGGCCAAGAAGUUCAACAAGUCUGAGCAGUACAUAGGGGAAAACAUCCUGGUGCUGGACAUUUUCUUUGAAGUCCUCAACUAUGAAACCAUCGAGCAGAAGAAGGCCUAUGAGAUCGCAGGGCUCCUGGGUGACAUUGGGGGCCAGAUGGGGCUGUUCAUCGGGGCCAGUAUCCUCACAGUGCUGGAGCUCUUCGACUACGCCUACGAGGUGAUAAAGCACAAACUGUGCCGCCGCGGGAAGUGCCAGAAGGAGGCCAAAAGGAGCAGCGCUGACAAGGGCGUGGCCCUCAGCCUGGAUGACGUCAAGAGACACAACCCGUGCGAGAGCCUCCGGGGCCACCCGGCCGGGAUGACGUACGCGGCCAACAUCCUACCUCAUCAUCCCGCGCGAGGCACUUUCGAGGACUUUACCUGCUAGGCCCCGCAGGUCGCUGUACCAAAGGCCUAGAGGGGGCGAGCGAGGAGAGCAAGGGGCCCCCAGCUGCCCCUCACACCUGCCUUGGGGACUCCCCCCACUCCCCAGGCAGCCCCCCAUUCCUGGGCGAGCUCCUUCCUCCUGAGUGUGGUGAGGAAGGAGUGCCAGUCCUCUCCCUGUCUCGGUCCCGUUCUUUUUAUGUUUAACAAAACUAAACUAAUCGAAAGAAGAGAGAGCCCGGAAGCGAGCCCUGGCGGCCCUCUCGCUCCAUGCCGUCCCACCCCCUGCCCCAGCCUGAGUUCUGUCUGUCCGGCUCUCUCGCCUGUGUGUCCCACCCACAUCCAGCUGCCACGAGUCACCAAAACCCCUCCCGAGGGGGGUGGUGGUGGAGGGCAUCCUUGGGGUCUGGUGUUUGACCCCAAAUCAGAGAAUGUACCUUGAAGGGGAGGGCUAGUUUGUGGGGGGGCUUCCCCAGCCUUAAGAGACCCUUUUAGCCCAGUGACCCCUCAACCCCCACGUCUUCAGGCAGGAACUAGGAGCCUAAGUCCUCUCCCCAAUGCUGAGAAGGGGGGGGGAUGGAGGAUCCCCUGAGGAACAGACGGGGACAAGAUGCGGCCCUGGUGCUGUAGGCCACAUCCUGACAUCAACGGUCCAGUCCACAUCCCAGCCUGGCUGCCAGAGAGCAGCCCCCAAAGGCAGCCUCGAUGCCACCCCACGGAAGAUCCAGCUGGUCGGCCUCCAGCUCAGGGAGGGGCACCUGUGCCUGGCCUCACUGGGCUCUCUCCCGGGACCCCUGCACAGGGUCCAAGUCCAUAAAUUUUCUUAUGGAACUCUUCCCCAGUCCCCUGCCCCACUUCAUCUGCUUCUCUCGACAACCUCAUCUGCAUUUUCUAUUUCUAUAUGAUACAGACUCUAUAUUGCUAUAUCUCUGUAUAUACUUUCCCCCGACUGUCUGUCUUCGCCCCAUGCCCUCUUGUCUCCGAGAACCACGCUCCACCUCGUCCCCUUUCUAUGUUUCUGUCCCCAUCCCCCUCCCUGGCCCCUCCUCGGUCUCUGAAUGCCUUCGCCUGUAUAAAGAGUUGACUCUCUCCCCUGGUGUCUGUACUGUGUACACACAUCCCUCUGAGAAGCACAAGGAGACGACACACGCAUUGUAACCUUCGCACUGUCUCGGUGGCGACAUAAAGGAAGCUGUGAAUCACAAGCUCUGCCUCUUUCUGGACUCACCGUACCCCCUGGCCCGGCACCCUCUCCCCGCCUGCUCUGCGGCCUUAACAGCCUUUUCCCGGCCCCACCCAACCCAAUGCUCUUUACCUGGCCGAUGACCGCCUCCCUCGGGAAG